AUGGCACCAUCAAUUCACCCAUCUGUCGAUAACGGCAUUAAGAAGGGCGACUCGGACUUCGCUGGCGGAAAGCUGUAUUGCCAUUGCCCCAACAAUAAGGUCGAAGUGACUCUUGGCUCGAACGUCGCUCACAAUCACGCCUGCGGAUGCUCGAAAUGCUGGAAGCCCUCCGGAGCACUAUUCUCUGUCGUCGGUGUCAUUCCCACUGAUAAAGUCAACGUGACCGCCAACGGCGACAAAAUCACCAUCGUCGACGAGACCGCCGCCAUCCAGCGCAAUGCAUGCAGAGAGUGCGGUGUGCAUUUGUACGGUCGCAUCGUCAACGAACAUCCUUUCAAGGGCCUGGACUUUGUGCAUACCGAGCUCAGCGACACCAAGGGUUGGCAGGAGCCUCAAUUCGCUGCGUUCGUGUCGAGUAUCAUCGAGCAGGGGUUCCAUCCUAAGGGAAUGGACGAGAUUCGCCAGAAGUUCAAGAAGGAGGGUCUCGAGACGUACGACGUGCUCAGCCCAGCACUGAUGGACCUUAUUGCGACACACACUGCUCAGCAAAGCGGAAAGCUGCCGGCGAAGUUGUAG